AUGACCGGGAAAGGAGAUCAUGACGCGUAUGGUAAGGAUGGACCCGGUGCGGCUGCGUUUCGUGUCCAGCAUCAGAUACGGCGAAAUGCUCAGGACAUGCAAGAGUAUCUUACCGACCUCAGCAGCUGGGAGAAGUCUAUAAAGAAGAAGGACAAGCAGCUUUCUCGAAAGGCUAUGUCUGAAUCGUCUUCUUCGGGUAAUCGACGAGCGAUCCCCGACACCGGCACGCCCCCGAUCCGCCCCCCCGGAAGUACGGUCCCUGUAAGCUCUGGCCCUGCGCCCCAACCUUCACAACCAACGCAAAAGCUUUCGGCGAAGAGCCUGGGAUGUCGAAACGAUGGGGCUGACGGUAGGCCGCACAUCAACGUGAACGCUGCAAACGGCGGUGGGGCGACGGGAGACUCGGGCAAGGCCAAGUCCAGCAUGUCGGCUGCAGGGCACACGUAUGAUAAGGGAUACGGAAAAUGGGCCAAGUUCGACAUCGACGCCGCUCUUCGAUCUGUUGAUCAGGAGGAGGAGGAGGGAGUAAAUGAUAAGAGACGCUCGAGCAGCAAUAGCGAUAGCGACACGGACAGCGACAAGAAUCAGGGGACUCCAAGGCUCACUCCGGCAACCAUGGUCGAUCGGUCCUGCAGUCGGGGCCUCCGUCGUCCUCCUCCGCCUAAGCACACAGUGGCACCAACCUCAACAUCCCGAUCAAGUCAGUCGCCGAGAGACUUGGAGAAGGAAGAGCGGGAAAAAGGAAAUACGAAGUUCGGCCAGGGUGACUUUGAGGGGGCUGUGAAGAGCUAUACGAGGUGCCUGGGCAUGAACAGCAAGAGCUCGCUGGCUUUCUCGAACAGGGCUAUGGCGAACCUCAAGCUGAAGGAGUUCGGGAAGGCAGAAUCCGAUGCCGAUGCGGCCUUGAGGGUGGAUCCGCGCCACGUAAAAUCUCUCCAGCAGCGAGCAGCGGCGAGGAACGCUCUUGGGAAGCACCGUGCUGCGCUGGGUGACCUGCAAACAGCAGCGGAAAUCGAUCCAACCUCGAAGCAGGUUCGAAAAGACCUCAGCAAAACGCUGGAAACUUUGAAGACAGUUGUGCGCCGUGCGCCGAAGACGCAUGUUCGGGUGGAGAGCUUCCCUCUCCCUGCCCCCAAGCCUCGUGGGUACUCUCAACCAGGCACACCUAUUGAAGAGGGUGUUCCACCCACAGUGGCAAACGCUGCCGUAUCCGCCACAAAUCACAAUGCUUCAGUGACCGGGGAUGAGGACACAGCUGCGCCGUAUUCCUCAGUGUUGCAAGAGAGCACGGACAAGCGUGCCACCAAUGAGGCCACCGUCUACUCGUAUCAAGCACGGACAAUUGUCGAAGAGCUCCCUGAUGAAGCGGAGGCCACCCUGGCUACUCCCAUACCUACACCACGAGCACCCACGAACGCAGUAUCGUCAGUGCAAAGUGUCCCGUUGCCAACGGCUUCGAUCGCGGUGGCCGCUCAGAAUGAGCGAGGAGGGGACGCCGUACCACGUUCUUACGGCAGGGUAGAUCGGGAUAUUACGGUAGACCCAGCAGGAGAUACACCAAAGAUUGCUACCGUAGAAGGCAGUUUAACUAAGACGACAACGCCAGGGGCCGCAACACCAUCAGAAGCGACCGACGUCGCUGCAGCGCAUACAGUCCGUCCGGCAGUCUCAACGGAUUUGGCGUCGAAAACGGGCCCGCCCGCGCUCUCGCUCGUGGAUGUUGGCGCGAAAGCGGUGACUGAGCAAGCAAGUGCCGGUGGCGAGGACAAUAACCUGUCUCGAGGAACUCAUCCUGUGAAAGAGGAGGCAACCUGCCCGUCGCUUGAGGCGAGAACGGAAGACAAGGAGCUAUGUGCACCGACCCAAACACCCCAGCAGGGUAGGCCGUCUACUCCCGCUCCCGCUUGUAGGGCGACGGCCCACGCGCUGCAGCUACCCACCACGGGCUACCAGUUUGAAAGUAUGUGGCGCGGCACAGAUGGGUCGCCUGAAGGACGGCUUGAGCUGCUGCGGGCCGUCCCGCCAUCGACUAUCGCCAAAAUCUUCCGCCGAACCCCUAUCGAAGUAGAGUUGUUGGGCGGCGUUUUGCAAGAACUGGGAAAGGCUUUUCUGCCCAGGAGGCCGGCAACGGCUCUGCGGUGGCUCAAGAGCCUUUCUAAAGCGUCUCGGUUCAGCAUGACGGUGGCCCUUCUCGGCGAAGAGGACGGUCGCGCAGCCGCGCGAGAAGUGCUAAGGCGACUUGAGGCAGCAUCGCCGACGAAAGUGGACCCAAAAGAUGUUGAUGUCUUGAGGAAGCAGUUCUCGUGUUAG